UGUCCUUUUCUCUACUCAAUCACUCUGCUAAAACCCUAAUUUCCCAAACCCUAAAUUUAUCCCCAAAUCAUGCCCAACUCCACAAAUUAGGGUUUUCCAGCUCAACCAUGUCCUCCGAAGAACUGGGACUCAACUCGCAGCAGCUAGUUUUCCACCAAGACGACACCUUGAGGUUCGGAGCACCGCCCCAGCGCCGGGUCGGGGACUCGGGUCCGAAGACCCGAGAGCUCAGCGGCUUCAUCGACGAUCGGUUCUUCCCGCCGCAAGGCGCCGACUUCCGGCGGAGCUUGUACGGCGAGAACCUGGAGCGGCGGGACCCGCCGGAGCCCAGGAACUGGAAUCCGAAUGUGGCCGCCGUGAGGACGCCGAGCGGGGAAGGAUCGGACGACGAUGAGGAUGACGAGGAGGAUGACGUGGAGGAGGACGACGAUGACGGCGACGUCGGAGGGUUGUUCGGAGAGGAGAAUCGGAGCAAGGGCAGUGGUGGAAAUAAUGGGAGUAAUGGGGAGGACAAAAUGGGAAAUGGGAAUGCUAAGCACCAGCAGUUCCAUUCUUCUUUUGGUGGGGCUCUGUUAUUAGGAUCAAGUAGAGAGGUAUUGGAGAAGAACCAUAGUGUUAGCGUAGGGCAGCAGACACUGAAUAAUAACUCCAGGGAUAGUCCUGGCAAUAAUCAUCAGUUGCCUGGAAGGCUUGGGAGUUAUCAGAAUGCAGUUACAGUGGCUGAAUCAUCGGACGGGGACAUGUACUAUUCGCAGUAUUUGCAGGGCUCUGAGGGCUCUGCUGCUACUCAGAAGGAUUCGGUUGUGGAAAAUGGUUGUGGGUUUAGUGGAAGAAAGGAUGCUUUGUGUUCGAGCGAGUCUGGAGACUCAUUGAGGGCGAUUCUCUCUGAUCCUGUGACGGGAGCUCUGAUGGAUGACGCGAUGAUAUUGCCUUGUGGGCAUUCAUUUGGAGGUGGUGGAGUACAGCAAGUUAUUAGAAUGAAAGCUUGCUUCAGCUGUUCUCAGUCAAUUUCGGAAGACUCAAUUGCUCCAAAUCUCUCUCUUCGAAGUGCUGUGCAGGCAUUCCGUCGUGAAGAAGAGUUGCACUUUUAUCGCUCAUCCAAAAGGAAAAGAGAAAGGUCUGACCAGGACAAGGGUGGUUAUGGUGAUUUAGCACUCACGGAUCCUCCUAGGGGUAGAGGUGUUCAGUUUCCAUUUGCUGUGACAGACCGAGUUAUUAUAAAGGGUAAUAAGAGGACACCACAACGGUUUGUUGGGCGUGAGGCAGUUGUAACAACACAAUGCUUAAAUGGAUGGUAUGUGGUAAAGACAUUGGAUAAUGCAGAGAGUGUUAAAUUGCAGUAUCGCUCACUUGCCAAAGUAUCAGAUGAUUCACCAUCCAAGGCACUACCAAGCAAGAUGGCACCUAACUGGCUUUAGGCCUAUAUACAGAAUAUAACGGUACUAGUUUGUUGCUGAUAUGCCGCCCUAUAACUAACGUUGUUUGUAUAAUAAGUUACAGUCUCUAGUUAGAGUUGUAUGUCUUAAGCAAACUGGUGAUUUUUCCGGCCUUGUAAAUUGUAUUGUCACAGAUGCUUCAAGGAGAAGUUAGAAAAUGUAGAUUUAGAUUGUACAAAGAAUAUGUAUCUCACGUUUUCAGCA